AUGUUCAGACAAACCGUGAUAAUUAUCCCGUCAACACAGCACGUGAUUACUACAGAUUUAAAACUAGCCAUUCCACUUCUUGACCAUGUCAUCGGGGAAAUCGAAUCUCGUUUUCCGUCGGAGAUGUGCAAUCUUUACAAUGGCUUUUGUGUAAUUCAUAGCAACUUUCUUCACUGCAAAGGUGUGAAUUGGAAGAUUGAAUUUAUGAAAUUCAUGUCCGCUUACGAAGAUGAUAUGCCCAACUUCCGCACAAUUCAUGCAGAGUUAGACUUAUGGGAAACCAGUUGGAAGAAUGGUUUUGAGAAAGUUGAGUAUGACAACAUCGCUGAUACUCUAAGAAAUUGCAACGAACUUGCAUUCCCAAAUAUUUACGUGGCCCUUAAAAUCCUGGCAGUUGUACCUGUCGCCACUUGUGAAUGUGAACGUUCAGUCUCAGCUUUGCGACGCAUGAAGUCUUGGCUAAGAACCACGAUGUCAAGCGAGAGAUUAAACGGAUUAUAG